AGCUUUAUUAUGCAUUAAAGGUCAGUGAUGAUGACACUUACUCAUCGUAUCUCUAUAAAUAAAUAAUAAUCGUUUGUUUCUAAAUUCUAUCACUCAGAUUUUGCUCAUUUGUUAAUCUUUUUGGUAGUAGCUAUGUCCUCAGGUUAUGGGGACCUAGAUCAUGUUGAGACCUUUAAUCUCAACUUUACUUCCAUCAAAACUACGGUUACAUGUAAACGUGAUGUUGUUGAUGACCAUAUAUCGGCUUUCUUGCGUUCACAAAGUGGUUUCUAUAACAAGACAAAGGUUUUUGGCUUCGAUACCAAGUGGCUUGUUUAUAAUCCUGGUGCAUCAGCAAUAUCGUCCAAAUGUGCUGCUUUGCACCUCUUUUAUGGAAAUGCAUGCCUUAUUAUUCUCUUGAGUCGCUUUGAAAUUGUUCCUCAAUCACUAGUUAAUUUUCUUCGUCAUCCAAAUUUUACCUUUGUGGGUUUUGGUAUCAAUGAUAAUGUGGCUAAGUUGGAGAAGAACUAUGGAUUUGGAUGCAAAAAUGCUGUUGAACUUGGACCGUUGGCUGCUACUGUCAUGAAAAGACCUCGAUUGAGUUAUUUUGGUGUUGAUGAACUACUUUUGGCGGUCAAUGGGAUUGAUCUUGCAAACCAAAGACCUUUAAGCUUCGCAUUUGUGUGGGAUAAAUAUGAAGAUCGCAAAGAACUAGCUAAAAUUGCUACUAUUAGUGUGUAUUCUUAUCACAUGAUCGGGACCAAAUUGCUGGCUCAAGAUUGGCGAUUGUAGUUUUUUUUUUAACCGAGUUGUUAAUGUUUAC